UGUGGGCCCGGGUGAUCUUCUCAUUGGACUGCGCAAACGAACCUCAACCCCAAUCCUCCAUCACCAUCUGCCUAUGAACACGACGGUGCCCGCCCACAAUUCAUACUUUCCCUCCUCCGUCGACGGUUCCGCUGAUCCUUAGAAGCUGACGAAUCCAAUUGGGUUCAACAUUUCGGGUAAUGUUCGCCAUAAAUCCUACUUCCCUUUUCUUCCCUUCCAAUCCCACUACUGCACGUCAACAAUCCAUCUCUUUCCCCCCCUCCUUCCGCCUCUGCCGUGCCGCGGUCGGAGACGCCUCGCCGGGCCCCUCAUUUUCCCGCCUCUUCAAUUUCCCUUCUCUUUCUGCCACCGAAGCCACCGGCGGCUUUCGACUUGGACAAGAGUACGAUGCCGGAGCUUCCUCCCCUGCUGUCGAUGGACCGGGGAGGUUUGGCAGCGGAAAUGGCAGCGUUAAAGUGAACGCCAUGGAGAAAAAAUGGUCGCGUGAUAGAGAGAGUUAUUUGGUCGAUAAUACCGACGUCCUCCCUCUUCCUAUGACUUAUCCGGAUUCUUCCCCUGUAACGCCGGAGGAGAUCGACCGCCGGCUUCAGUGCGAUCCACAAGUGGAGGAUUGUAAAGAAGUGGUGUAUGAAUGGACCGGGAAGUGUCGCAGUUGCCAGGGGUCUGGAUAUGUUAGCUAUUAUAACAAAAGGGGAAGAGAGAUUACUUGCAAAUGCAUACCUUGCCUUGGAAUUGGGUAUGUGCAGAAGAUAACGGCUCGAAAGGACAUUGAACUAAUGGAGGAUUUGGAUAAUAAUGGACAACCAUUGUGAUUCAGUGCAUUAAUUACUAUCGUUUUGAAAAUACUUCAUCUCUCUCUAACUUCACCUUUGAGGGGUUGUAACUUUUCCCACAGAAGUUAUUUAGAUUAGUCUGUGUAUUGAUGGAUAGGCGGAAUAUUGAACACAUUGGCGAAAUAAAAGUACUGCUAAUUUGGCAGUGAGAUUUAGCUUC